UUAUCCAACUCUGUGUUAGUUUUAUUUAUUGAAGUUAUUGAAGAUGUUUUUUAAUAUUUUGUCCUUGCUAGCGGUGGGCCUAUUAUGGGGUUGCACUAAUCCCUUUAUAAAAUUAGGCAGUCAAGGUGUAGAAAAAAUAAAUACCGGUUCUUCGGCCAAAAAUCUUUGGCUUGAAUUGAAAACUAUAAUUUGCCGCCUAAAGUAUUGGAUACCUUUUUUAUUGAAUCAGUCCGGCAGUGUUUUGUAUGUAUGGACUUUACAAACGUGCAACAUAACUGUGGCUGUUCCAGUGGCCAAUUCCUUGACAUUUGCAUUUACUGCGAUAACGGGUUAUAUGUUGGGUGAAAAGAUACCGGGAAAAAAUAUUAUUGUGGGCACUUUAUUAGUCUGUAUUGGUUCUUCGUUUAUGUUAUAUGAUCAAGUUAUUAGAGAAACCUCUAAUUCAUUGGAAGUGCAAUAAUAAAAAUAAAACUUAUAAAAACUAACAAAUUAACAAACCAUU